AUGCUAUCACGACAAUUCCGCCUGCUAAUAUCAAAUCGAGCCUUCUCGGCCGCCGUCCAAGAUGCCACGUCAUCCACUGACACCCGUAGAGAACUGUGGCGAAAACCCGAAUCGCCGUUCGUCAAAACUCCACAAGCAUGGGUCUCUAGCCUCGAAACUGUUGAAGACGAGAAGCUCGGACUCGUGGAUCUCCAUCCGGAUAUCUUCAGAACAACGCCACGUAUCGACAUCCUUCAUCGUAAUCUAACAUGGCAGAGCGUCUACCGAAACGUGCAGAUGACGAAGAUGCUAACGAAGGCCGAGAUGCCGGGAGGAGGAAGGAAGCCGUGGCCACAGAAGAAGACGGGAAGAGCACACGUCGGAUCGAUCCGCGCGCCGCAGUUCAUUCGAGGAGGUUUCGCGAAUGGUGUCAGAGGACCAAGGACCUGGUUCUACAUGCUACCAGAUGCGAUUCGGAUUCAAGGACUGUGUGUGGCGUUGACUUUGAAGCACGCUCAAGACGACUUGCACAUUGUUGAUAACAUUCAGAAUUUGCAAAAUGGAGAUCCAAAGUUCUGGAUUGAUCUCUGCGAAGCACGCAACUACGGCUACUCGGUCCUCUUCAUCGAUGAUUGUGACGAGGUGUCUGGAGGACUCGCCGAGGCCCAGCAAGCCCUUCCAUGGCUCAACGUGAUGCCUGUCUACGGUCUCAACUGCUUCUCACUCAUCAAAUACGAUACUGUAGUGUUGUCAAGAAACGCUUUGGAUAGAAUUGAAGAACGACUACUGACGCACAUUCACCGAGCAGGCCCAAUGAACAAAAAGUACAAGUACAUGGAUAUGAAGGAGAAGAUUCUUCAAGAAGCCGAAGGGGAGGAGCAUCCACUGAUGCCACCUGUUGUUUAA